GAGUGUAAAAGUAACACAUAACACAAACCAUUGAGGAAAUACCAAAGGAGCCCAGCGGAGGCCAGAUUCGAUUGACUGGAGCUCAUCGGACUUCGGACUGCAAGGAACAUCGGCAGAAUUGAGCUAACGAUAAAGGUUUUUAUUUUUUAUUUUUAUUUUUUCUCUGGUAAACAGCAGCUGUGAGAGGUAUGUAAGGAUUUUUAAAAGUUAUCUCUUUGUUUGUAUUUGGAGAGGUUAUGGGCUUAAAAACAUGGGUCAAAUUGCAUUUUUUUUGAAAAAAAUUUCAAAAAUUUCAUGAGUUUUUUCUAAGUCAGUUUUAAAAGUUGAAAUUUAGGAGUAAUAAUCUAGUAUUUAUUUCCCACAAAAUCUUCGGGGGGGCCAGGAAGUCAAUUUUUUGUAUAAAUAAAUAUGUUAAUUUUGGAAUGCAGUAAUGAUCAGAAAGAGCAUUUUGAACUGUAAGUUUUGUAACUCUCCCCCCACUAAGUUCUCUUUAAAACUCUAAUGAAAUGGAAAACAAAUGAUUAAUAAAAAGCUCUCCAAGAAGUAAUUGAAAAUUGGUACGUUACAUGAUAAUGAUAGUAACUCUAGAGUAGUAUCAAACUCAGUCGUUAACUUCUCUAUCUCAAAACUUUAAUAUGGGUAAAAAAAAAAAAAAAAAAAACUGAAAAUCUUAAUCAUGAGUAUGCAUUAAUUAAAAGGAUCAAAAAAGUCGGCUGGGAUAUCAUAUUAAUCAUUGUGAGGAGUAGUCCCAAGUUUUUUUGUGCCUUAAGAUAAAACUGUUAUUCACGCUUACACUCUACCCAGUUUCUUGUCCAACCUAGCUACUAUAUAUAUCAGUAUAUCCUACAAGAAUUAAUAAACGUGGCACGCAUGCAGAUCAUCUUGAAGUCCUUUUAAAAUACAUUUUAGUAUCUGGUAGCUUAAUCCAGUUAACAAAAAAUCCAAUGAGGUUAAUUUAUUGGAGUGACUCAAGUAGAAUAAAGAAUUGGAUGGUAUCUAACCGUGUUAUGUCUCUGAAUGUACAUCCAUAUACACAUUGUUACUGUUUAUAUCUUAUUAUGGAUAUUAAUGUUAUACAAAAAAAACAUGAAAUUCUGAAUAUAAUCUGUGUACACACUAUUGAGUGUGUAACAAAAUAUUUUUUCCAUGUUAUAUACUAGUAUACUUUUUCUCAUUUUGUGGUGUGUUUUUGUUUUAAAAAUCAUUUUAUUUUUCUUUGUGUUUGUUUCGAAGGAAAAAAGAAAGAAGGUUAAAUUAGAUGUACUAUUAACUGUAAUUAAGUUUGAUGUUCAUCCAAAUAUCAUUUAUUUCUUUCAUUGUAACUCACACAUUCACACACGGACACUCAUUCAUGCAUGGCCGGCGCACAUUCUUCAAUUAAAUCUUAGUUUUGCAUUUGAUAAUUACCCAUUAAUGCAUGGUUCAUGGUAUAUAUUCCCAUUGCUGCCUACAUUCAUAUAUGUGUCUAUUCCCAUACAAAGUUGCAAUUACUCUCUCACACCUGAAAACAAGAAAAUCCAUUCCCUCUUUCCCUUCGUCUUCUUCAUCACAAUAUCCUCUCUCAAGAAAUGGGAAGUCAAACACUCAAUGGUUGGUGGUCUAAGCAAGAACUGGUCUAUGAUAUUGAAGAACCUCUCCAUUUUCCAAACCAAAUGCCCUCAGUGGAUUUAAGUGGAUAUUCUUCACUGGAUUGGCAAUAUGAAUUGCCCAUGCAAGAGUGUUUUUUUGAUGCUGUUCCUUUGAUGGCGAGUUUCCCUACUGACCCUCUCUAUGCAUCCUUGGAUCUUGAACCAACCACAACUAUUCAAGAUGACUUUUUCUUUAGUUGUGGAAAUCGGCCUGAAGUUUGGAAUGACGUAGUUGCUGGGUUUGAGCCCCAGAACCAGGCUUUAAUACUGUCGUGUAACAACGAAAAAAAAGGCAAGGAAGUGAAGGAAGAGAGAAAGAAGAAGAGGUACAGAGAAGAGAGAUGCAGUAGUUCUAAAAUGUUGUCAAAGGAAACCAUUUCUCAGUAUUUCUACAUGCCCAUAACUCAGGCAGCCAAAGAACUUAACGUGGGAUUAACGCUUUUGAAGAAAAGGUGUAGAGAGUUGGGUAUUCGUAGGUGGCCACACAGGAAGUUGAUGAGUCUUCAAACGCUAAUCAAGAAUGUGCAGGAGUUGGCUAAAGAGGAAGGGGAAGAAAGUGAAGUGAAGUUGAGGGAAGCAAUUGAGAUAUUAGAGGGGGAGAGGAAGUUGCUAGAGGAAAUCCCAGAUGCACAACUUGAGGACAAUACAAAGCGGCUUCGGCAGGCUUGUUUUAAAGCUAACUAUAAAAAGAGAAAGCUCAUGGGAAUGGUAGAUUCACAAUAUUGUUCUAGCAGCAAGGAUGGUGCCGGUGAUGAGGAAGAAGAAGAAGAAGAGGAAUCGCUUGUUGGACCCCUUUUCUUCUAGCUGCAGAUGUUCUGAUAGCAAGGCUGUCAGCACCAAAAAUCUGAUGCUAUCUGAUUUUUAACGUAAAUAAACAGUUUGUUUGUAUUUAAUGCAACUCUUCGAAUUCUAGCUCUUUGCUUGAGCGUUUGUCCUGUUGUUUUUUUAAUUCAAACUCCUUCAUUUGCUCUAUAUAUUUUUAAGAAACAUUGUCUAGUGAUAUGAGAACUUUUAAAGAAAAAUCCUAUCUAGACGUCUUCCUUGCAAUGCUGGAGAUGGAAGAGAUUUGAGUGUUUCUAGCAAAUCACGAGAAACUGCCCAUUAUGCUACUUCUUUGGGCAUAUAGUUACUUGCUCUCAGCCUCUCACUACGUGGGUAGUCUUCCUAAUGUGGAAAAGACUGUUUCACACUAGUUUUUUCUUUUUUGGUAAUCAGGCAGUAUACAUUAACUAGCAAACAGAUACACCAGAGCAGAAGCGCUCAUACAUAGUUCCAGCUGCAUCAAGACUAGCCAACAAGGCAACAUCAACUGGGGGAAAUUGUUAUACGCUCUACACAGUGUCUAUUAUAUUUUUGCUGAAUUACAGAGUGUCUAUUAUGUUCUGUAUGAUGUACUCGUUUUUUAUUGACGAGUAUGGAAGAUGUAUAUUAAUGAGUGUAAGAGAAUCAUUGCACCGUAACCAUCUCUUUCAAAUGUAA